AUGAGCAUGGUCAUGCCCAUUAUCAGGGAGAUGAGCACCCUCGGAACUUCCAUGGGGGUCGGCAGGGUCGCAUCCAGCUGCUCCACGACGAUCAGCGGCAGCACCAGGUCGAAAGUUGGCACGGUCACAUCCGACAGCCUCUUCGCGACGGUCUGCGGCAGCACCAGCGCGAGCGUCAUGUCCACGUCGGUCGCCGUAGAACACAUGCGGCGCCUACACGAUCUUCUCGCCCUGCUGUUCGUGCGAGAAGCGGCGCGCGUCGCCGCGCGAGCACAUGCCAGUCUGGCAGAACCCGCGCGUACAUCUUCGUUUUGCGGGGCAGGCCGGGCUGCCGCUGCGCGCCCGGGAACGCCUGGAGCUUGUCCACCAUGA